CCUAGCAUUCUGCUUCCUAACAUCCCGGAUUCCGAGCAUGUGACCACUCUCUACACUGCUGUCUCAUACUGCGAGAUGCCGAUGGUUGACGUUCUCUUGGGAGACAGCCGUGUCGAUGCCAACGCUUCGGAUUCCCAAGGUCAAUCCCCACUCUCCCUGGCGGCCCAAUCUGGUGAGGUAGAUAUUGUCGCAAGGCUUCUCAGUCGGCCCGACGUGAGAGUGAAUGACCUAGACAUGUAGGAGCGAUCUGCUGUGUCAUACGCCGCGGAGGAGGGAUGUCUGGGGGUGGUCGAGCUGUUACUCCACCAGUCCGACGUCGAUGUCAGUGUGGUCGAUGCCUAUGGACACACGCCUAUUUUCUGGGCCUCAAUCAAGGGCAAGCAUCAGAUCGUUCGUCGUUUACUGGAACACGAUGCGUCGCUAGUGUCUUCCCGCACUCCCCAGGGGGAUACCUUCUCAUGUGCGCGGCGAAACAAGGUUGGUUGCUGGUAGUCAUGGUGUUGAUCGUAUUCGGGGCAGAUCCGGCUGUCAGGAACUCUCUUGGGCGGAAUUUUGCAGCGCGAGUUAUCGAUGAGAGGUG